AUGUGCGACCGAAAGGCUGUGAUAAAAAAUGCAGACAUGUGGGAAUUGGAGCAACAGGACUCGGUGGAGUGCGCUACUCGGGCGCUGGACCCAUAUAACAUAGAGAAGGACAUUGCGGCUCAUUUCAGGAAGGAAUUUGACAAGAAGUACAAUCCCAUCUGGCACUGCAUCGUGGGGAGGAACUUCUGUAGUUACGUGACACAUGAAACCAAAUGCUUCAUCUACUCUUACCUGGGCCAAAUGGCCAUUCUUCUGUUCAAAUCUGGUUAAAAGCAUGGAUUGUGCCACACACCGAGUAUCCAUCCAAAACCAAGGACUGCAGCCUGAAUUCCAAAUACCAGAAACUGAAAUUUUCAGCCUUGCUAAGGGAACACCUCGAUCUUUGAAUCUUUAUUGUGUUUCGUACAGGGCAUUCUCUGCACUUGUUUGUUGUGGUUAUAAAACAAUUAGCA